AUACAACACAAACUCUCGUCAGAGAGAUACAUGUUUUAAAGGUGAGCAGCCAAAUAAUUAUUAAAACAUUAUAAAAACAACACAAAAACAGCUUGUUAGAGUUAGCUGGUAGAUUAGCAUUUGAGAUUUCCAUUGAGAACAGCGAGGUUCAAUUUUCAGUCCUCUUUUAUUCUCAUGAUACAUGUCGUCCAAUUGCAUCUCACCCUGCAGGAUUUUUACAGAAAUAUUUAAUAAAAUCUUCUAAUUUUCAUCAUGUUUUUCUGUAAUGGUGUCUGGGUGGUUGACCCAGUGUUUUAAGUUUGGACAUUUUGUCGGUGUUUAGUUUACCUGUGUCUGUUUCCUGUUUUAUUAUGAUAGUCUUUUGUCCUGUGCUCGUUAUGUUGAGUUUACUUCCUGUUUCAUUAGUUAGAUUUGUUCCAUCCGUGUUUUCACCACUCUUCCUCAAAAGCCUCUUUGUCAGCAAUACCGGCACAGAGGGCGAGAAGCCUUGAUGCUGAUAGACUCAAACGAAAACCAAAAGAAAAAGAAUUUACAAAAUAAAAAUGUCUGGAAAUCAUCUUUCAAAACCGCAAUUGCAGGGUUAGACCUUUCACCAGGAGGAGAGCUGGAUUUGCUGGUGCGCUACCUUGGUAAAGAUUCAGCCAAACAAGCCAAACAAAUGAGAGCUGUCAAUAUCAGAUGCCCUGAAGUUGGUUUAGCUAUGACUUGGGACAGACUUGAAGAAGUAUAUGGCUUCCCAGAAGCUGUAGAGCAAGCUCUCUUUCAAAAGGUAGACAGCUUCCCUAAAAUCACACUUAAAGAGCCUUAUAAACUCCGUGAUCUUGCUGACCUAAUGUUAGAGCUAGAGGCAGCUAAGCUGGAUGGUUACUUACCUGGCUUGUCGUACUUAGACACAUCAAGAGGGAUCCAAGCGAUAGUCGAAAAAUUGCCGUACAAUCUACAAGAAAAGUGGAUGAAUAUUGGCUCAAAGUACAAGCACAAUUAUGGCGUCAGCUUUCCCCCCUUUACUGUGUUUGUCAACUUCAUUCGCACUGAAGCCAGAACACGAACUGACCCUAGCUUCAGCGUUCGCAGCCCUAACCAACCCAUAACAACAGAACGAAGACACAUGCAUGAAAGGUUCCCCAAAGAGCCCAUAUCUGUUCACAAAACUCAAGUACAGGACAAGGCAGAUGCAGAAAAAUCCAAAUGUGCUGUGAAUCCAAAUAAACAGUGCCCAAUUCACAACAAGCCUCAUCCCCUGAAAAGGUGCAGAGGGUUCAGAGAGAAACCCUUGGAAGAGCGCAAACAGAUUCUCAAAAAAUUAAACGUCUGCUUUCGCUGCUGCUCAUCUACUGACCAUCUAGCCAAGAACUGUGAAUCAGAAAUCACGUGCACUGAGUGUGACAGCAAGAAUCACAUUUCUGCCCUCCACCCAGGUCCAGCACCACGGGAGUCUAAAUCGCCCCCUUCCCCACAGCAAGGCGGGGAGAGUGACAAAGCAGACACCCAAGAAGUCACGUCUCGGUGUACUGAGGUGUGUGGAGAAGGAGUGAGCGCCAGAGAAUGUUCAAAAAUCACACUAGUGAAUGUAUAUCCUGCUGGACACAGAGAGCAAACAAAGAAAAUGUAUGCAAUCUUGGACGAUCAGAGUAAUCGAUCGUUGGCACGUUCCCAGUUCUUUGAUGUUUUUCAGAUCCAAGGAGAGAGUCGCCCGUACAUGUUAAAGAUGUGUGCCGGACUCACAGGAGUAUCAGGAAGAAGUGCUUCUGGCUUUAUAGUAGAGUCAGUGAAUGGAAAGGCAAGUCUUCCUCUGCCAACACUCCUCGAAUGUAACGACAUUCCAGAUAACCGCUCUGAGAUACCAACUCCAGAAGCUGCCCAUCACCACGCCCAUCUACGACAGAUUGCUAACUUGAUCCCGCCAUUAGACCCAAACGCCAACAUACUACUAUUGCUGGGACGAGACAUGCUUCGAGUCCACAAAGUCCGGGAGCAAAUAAACGGCCCAGACGACGCCCCAUUUGCUCAGAGACUCGACAUGGGUUGGGUUGUGGUAGGUGAUGUCUGUCUUGAUGGAGUGCACAGACCCCCACACGUGAACAGCUAUAAGACUUUUGUAUAAAAGGCCCCAAAGUUCAUAGAAUAGUUUUAUUGGUGUUUAUAAGUUUAUAUAAGUUCAUUUAAUAUUCACUCUUCUGUCAGUUUGGGCCAGCCCACCUUCUAGUGACAUCAUCCGGUUAGUAAGGUGGGCAGUUUAAUGUCGGAUGAGCAGUGUUGGUCUGGAGGUGGUGCACUGAUUCCUGGGGAAUGUUAUGUGUGCGUAAAUGACAAGAAACCACACACACACACACACACCUAUGUACACCCGCUGUUUACAGCCCCAGAAAUUGAGUGGUGACAAUAAAGUGCCUCAAA